GGGAUGCAAAGGAGGAGCUGCGCCCUGGGAAGGGCUGGGCUGCAGGCGGCGGCUGUACCCGGGAUUGGCUGGGAGGCUCUGGCUGCCAGACACUGGGGGGACUUUGAGUUGCAGAUUAUUGCAGACUAAGCAGUCUGGCUCUGCAGUAGCAAAAGCGGAGGCUCUGUGGGAAUCCGGCCAGGGACCAUGAAAAUCAGCUCAUUAAUUCCGAAUAUUCAUCAUAGGUGAAGCCUUGCCUUGCAGAGAGGAGAGGCAGACACAAUACCUCCUUACCUCCCUUCCCCUCACAGGGCUGCACUUCUUCCUAGAAGUACUAGCACUACUCUCCAGGAGAGAUCCCCUCACAGCACAAUGCCCCCUUUACAAUCAGCUGUGUGCUAACUAUGUAGAAGUAAGGAGAGAGUGGGAGCAGGGCGGCCGCCUAUUGUUCUCCUUGUGGUUAUGACCACAAUGCAGUCUCUGAACUGCUGCCAUGUUGUUAGAAUGGAAUACCAUCCACAUUUAACAACCUAUGGUACAGGAGGCCCAUGUGACACCACAAUGGCAGAUGGAAGAUUCCCUAAGGAAUCUCUCCAUCUGCCCAGAGGGGUCAACCACAAAGAGGACAAUAAGGCAAAAAGAUCCCUGACUCCAGAAAAUGGCUGCGGUCUUCAUUUCACUGAAAUUAAUUACCUCUUCCUUUUUUAAUCAUAUCUCUUCCAUGUGUAGUACAUUUGGUUUAUGGUUGUUGAUACGCUCAUGAUGUUAUAUAUUGGGAAUUGUUCCUGUGUAAAUCAUCAAGUGUAAGAAUAUAUGGGACUCUGAGCCUUGCUUAAGAGAAUGGUCACUGUCAAAGUUGUACCAUAACUCAGUUUAUACAGUCUAGAUCAGGUGAAUCUCUUCACACUGUGAAUCCAUGUUUACAUACAGUACAGGUGGGCCUUGUGGCCUGUUUCUACCACAACAACGUCUUCCUAUUCUCAAGCACCAGUGUUGACAAUAAACCGGUAACAUAAAGCCUUUCUAAUUCAGUACUAUUGCUUACACACGUAGCACCAGCCAGUUUGUGCAUGGAAACAUUAUUCAUGUGAAAGUGGCUUAUUUGUUCACUAGGAAUUGGUGUCAUCACUCAUCAGGUAUUUUGAUCGUCAGUGAUAUCAUUAGUUACUAGUGAACAAAUAGGCAGUCAUCUUGUGAAUACUGUUUCACACAGAAAAUGGCUGCUUCCACGAUGUGUAUGUGACAGAUGCAAUUUCAAAAUAAACUAUACUCUCAGAGGCUAAGAGUUCCCCUUAUAUUAUGUAUUCUUUUCAUCUAGAUGUAGCAUACAUGUUUACUUUAUUUUCAUCCAUUGUCUGUAUAGCUCUAUAUUUUAUCCAUGUACACUUUUUAAUGUAUAGAAAUAGUUGUUGAAACACAUUGUUUCCUUGUGGUAAGUGACAGAGAAGCUGCCACAGGAUUUGAGACACUGAUGAAUGGUGCUAUUUUGGACUUUUAAACAUGCUCCUUGGCAAGUUAGCUCUGUUGGGGAUUUUUUAUUUUAUUUUAUUUUUUUAUUUUAUUUUCAUUUUUUAAGAAGGUGUUGGUACAUUUUCCUGAUUGUUGUUCUUUAGGCAAGAUUGAUUUUUUUUUUUUUUCAGUGUGGCUUUUUAAUUAAGUCGUAUAGGGUAACUAGGAACAGGCCAAGUUAGAAGGGGUUUUUUUUUCUUUUUUCUUUUAAUGCACUUCUGAGUAGUUAUACCAACAAGCAAUUCUAGUGGGAGCAAUCACAAAAAUGUAAUUUUCAUAAAUCUUUAAUCUUUAAGCCCCUGUCCGUAUAUUUAAGUGAUAUAGCAAUAAAAAUGCACACACCUUGUAGAAAUCUUUCACUAUUAUUUUUUUUUCCAUCUUUUUAGAAUGUGCGCAUAAAAGAAAAGGGCAUGUUUUUAAAUGUCCUGGGAUCUGUGGCAGGUAUCACAUUUAGGAUUGAGGCAGCUAAUAAUUUUGCAUAUUCCCCCUUCCCACCCCACUCUUUUUGUCCUAGUACUCACAAAUAUAUACUUUUUAUUUUUAUUUUUUUUUAUACACUUUUGUUCUUGCUCUCGGUGACAAAAUAAAGAAUCUACUUCUGAAAUGCUGUUGUGUUAGAUACGAUCUGGAAGGCCACUUUUAUUAUUAUUUAACUUUUUAUAUAUAACCCUGUCUUUAGCUCUUCCUUCACAAGACAGACUAUGCUCUGAACUGUUUUAGCCUAUUGACUGUUACUAUCUAGAUGCAUGCUUAGCCUUUGUUUUUCUUUAUCUUGUAAUCUAUUUUUUUUGUUUUGGGUGUCAUAUUGUAUGAGUAGAAGAUAUCAAAUGUGCUGUAUAUAGUAGAGCAAUUUAAUCAGUAUUAAGCAGUUGUGGCAUAUAUGUAUGGUUGCAGUUGUGUAUUGAUAAAAGGCAAGCUUUUGUAAUAAUGUGAUCUUUAAUGAUGCAUUUCAAGUACCCAAUGUAUUUUAACUAUUUUAGUAGAAUUUGUUCAAUAAACAUGCAAGCUCUAA